AUAUCGAGCAAGGGGAGGAGGUUGGCAAUCUCCGGUAUAUCGAGCAACGGGAGGGCCGUAAGAGCGCGUCGGAUCGGGCCGUAACAAUGGGGCAACUUGGCACGGGGGGUCAGGGUUGGUUUUGGCCUCUUUCUCAAAUCUCGUUAUACGCACAGACGUCUAAGCGAUGUAGGAAUUAUAUAUUACUUUCGUGGGGGCUUGCAAGUGCUUCUAGCGUUGGAGUACAUCCUUACCCGUGCCCCUGACUCUCACCUUUCAACUUGCUGUCACGUAUUUUGCGACUGUUUCAUCCUCGCGAUUGAACAAGAUGGCAUCCGCGGACAAGUUGAUUGCGGACCUCCAGGAGAUCAGCGGAAGCUCCUUUGCAAACGAGGCAGAGCGGGUUCGCGCGAGGGAUGCCCUCUUCGAAGCGCUGAGAAAGGUUCAAUCGCCUUGGGACAUCGUAUGGGAUCACAAUUGGGUUAACGGCGCCACGAACGCUUCCGUCAAGACCCUCAUUGACGCUGGUGUCUUCACGAAGUGGGCGGGGUGCGGGGGAUCACCUAAGACGUGUGCACAGCUGUCUGAGCUUACAGGAGCUGAUGAGCUGCUCAUCAGUACGUCGAUCGAUCACUGUCCUGGCCCCUGAUUCGGAUACAGUAAUAACUGAAUCUCAUCUCACCGUGCAGAGCGCAUGAUGCGGCAAAUCUCAGGGCAGCACCUCGUUAUCGAGACUGCUGAAGACACCUUUGCUACCACCCCCUGGGCCAAGGCUCUGGCGGCCGAUCCCGCAUUGUCAGCGGUAUACGGGGAAUUCUACGCUCAGCUUAACAGCCCAAUGUUCAAAAGCCUGCCGUAUUUCCUCAAAAAGAGGGGAUUCAAGAGCCCAAGUGAUGUGAAUGAUUGUAAUUGGCAAUAUUGGAAAGGGACUAGCAAUAAUUUAUUCGCCGACCUUAGUACCAACCCCGCCAUGGCUAAUGACUUCCACGCUGCUAUGCAGUGCCAUUCGAAGUACAACCUAACACCCUGGCCUGAGGUGUAUCCCACCAGCACUGUCGUGAGCGCUCUCAAGCCCGACCGCGCGCUGGUUGUUGAUAUUGGUGGAAGCAAAGGCCACGAUCUAGAGAAGUUCCGGCUAUGCCAUCCGGAUAUACCAGAUGGGAGCCUCAUCCUACAAGACCUCCCAGAUGUCGUGAAGGACGUGCAGGUCGACCCAGCCAUCUCAGUUCAAGCGUAUGACUUCUUCACGCCCCAGCCCGUCAAAGGUGCGCGUAUCUACUUCAUGCAUAACGUGUUGCAUGACUGGCCUGAUGAUUCGGCUAUCACGAUCCUCAAGAACGUUGCCAGCGCCAUGGAGAAGGGAUACUCAAAGCUACUCAUCCAUGAGAGUCUAAUUAGUCGCGUUAAUCCACUCGCGCGGGUGACGGUGUCAGAUAUCACCAUGAUGGCGUGUCUUGCGGCAAAGGAGAGAACUGAAAUUGAGUGGGGUGAGGUCAUCAGAAAUUCAGGGCUGCGGAUUGUCAGGAUUUGGAGACCUCCUCAGUCCGUUGAGAGCGUCAUUGAAGUAGAGUUGGACUAAGACGAAAACAAGUUUCGUUGUACAUUCGAAUUAGUAUCAUAUACAUAUUGUGUCUCUGCCUCACAGACUAAGUUUUUACAGAGCCAUCACAUAGUUAGGAAAUAGGUGGUAGUUUCUAG